GUUCAGGCAGGCAGAAGUUCAAGAGCUGGGCGAGGUGGCCGAAGCUUCCUUCUCUUCCGACCGCGCUCCGGGUCCCCUCGCCCUGCCCGCAGCGAUGCCGGAGGAGGGCUGGGGCUGCACGGUGCGCCGCUCGCCGUGGAAGACCGUCUCGCCCUACGUCUUCUCGGUCAUCCUCUUCGCUCUUUUGGCGGCCUUCUGCUUCCAGCGCCACGCGCAGCAGCCGCCGCGGCUCGAGCGACUUGGGGAGGACGUAGCCGAGCUCCAGCUGAACCUCACAGGUCCCCGGCUGGACCCCAGGCUGUGCUGGCAGGCGGGCCCAGCCUUGGGCCGCUCCUUCCAGCAUGGACCACAGUUGGUCAACGGGCAGCUGCUGGUCGUUCGUGAUGGCAUCUACAGGCUGCACAUCCAGGUGACACUAGCCAACUGCUCCUCUGUGUGGACCACGGUGCCUCCCAAGGCCACUCUGAUUGUGGGCAUCUGCUCCCCAGACACCCACAGGAUCAGCCUGCUGCGCCUGAAUUUCCACCAGGGCUGCACUGUCACCUCCCAGCGCCUGACACCCCUGGCCCUUGGGGACACCCUCUGCACCAACCUCACCCUGUCUCUGCUGCCCUCCCAAAAUGCUGAUGAGACCUUCUUUGGCAUUCAAUGGGUGCAUACCUGAUCAAGCCUCAGGAGUCCUGGGAUUAUAGGACUUGCUCCCCGAUACCAGCUCCUCCUUGAUACAUCUGUUGGAUAGGCAGACAGCUUCCUGGGAUGGACAGGAGCUACCUCACCAGCCCUGCUCAAAGCUGUGAAAAUAAGAGCAGUGCUGUAGCAUAUCACCUCCCAGAGGAUCCUAAGACACACAACGACUAACUGUCUUGGGAGAGUUA